UAUAAACUGUCGAGUAAUGGCUGCCAUCUUGCUUUCGUUCAUUCAACAUGCUUCCCGCUGACCAUACACCCACACCUACUCAUCAUGUCAGUGCAGUAGCUGAUGCCCCUCUGACAUUGGCUGAUCCAAUUUAAGGAUCUCUUCUAGAAUUAGCUUGUUUUGACCAGCCUGCAAGGCACCAUGGGAGUCCGGGGAGCUUAGAGCCAACUGGUAAGCAGCAGGGGUAUAAAAUGCAGCUCUCAGUGCAGUGCUAAACUACUUCAGAGACUUACCGAGUGUUGGAUCUAUAGCUCAGGGAGCCACUCUGACAAGAGUUUUUUGGUAGCAAGCGCCGAUCGACUUGUCUCCUGCAAACAUGGUUCUGGAGGAUUCUGACGUGGAAAUGAUUGUUGCUGAGAUUGAAGUCAGCGAGCAUGAUGUCGAGACUCCUUUUGGACGGGUUCGCUGCACAAUGAAGGGGGCUCCCAAAGGGGACAGACCAGUCAUCCUCACCUUCCAUGACAUUGGCCUGAACCACAAGACUUGCUGGGACACGCUCUUUAACCAUGAGGACAUGUCAGAAAUCAUGCAGCACUUUGCCGUGUGUCAUGUUGAUGCCCCGGGGCAGCAUGAAGGAUCAAACACCUUUUCCACUGGAUACGAGUAUCCUUCCAUGGACCAGGUGUCUGAGACUCUCCCUCUGGUGCUGAAGCACUUUGGCCUGAAGAGUGUGAUUGGAAUGGGUAUCGGAGCCGGGGCCUACAUCCUGACCAGAUUUGCUUUGGACAACCCAAAUAUGGUUGAGGGCCUGGUGCUCAUCAACAUCAACCCAUGUGCCGAGGGUUGGAUGGACUGGGCUGCUCACAAGAUCAGUGGCUGGACCCAUGCCAUGCCUGACAUGAUCAUCUCCCACCUCUUUGGAAAGGAGGAGAUCCACAACAACCAUGCUUUAAUCGGUACAUAUCGUCACCACAUCCUGAACGACAUGAACCAGUUUAACCUGCAUCUGUUUGUCAAGUCCUAUGAAAGUCGGAGGGAUCUGGAAAUUGAGAGGCCGGUCCCUGGAAGCAACGUCAGAUCCCUCAAGUGCCCUUCUCUGCUGGUGGUUGGUGACAGUUCUCCUGCUGUGGAUGCUGUGGUUGAGUGCAACACCAGGCUGGACCCAACAAAGACCACCUUGCUCAAGAUGGCUGACUGUGGUGGCAUGCCCCAGGUUGACCAGCCUGGCAAACUGACAGAAGCUUUCAAGUACUUCAUUCAGGGCAUGGGAUACAUGCCUUCUGCCAGCAUGACCCGCCUGGUCCGCUCCCGCACUGCCUCCGGUUCCAGCGUCACCUCCUUCGAUGGCAACCGCUCACGUUCCCACACCACUGAGGGAAACCGCUCCCGCUCGCACACCAAUGAGGGACCUCGCAGCCGCAGUCACACGACUGACAACCAGCACGGCCGUUCUCACACGGAUGGUGCCGUGGACGGCACAGGCAACAACAACGUGGACCAGGCUGUGCCCAAGUCCACUGAAGUGUCCUGCUAAGUGAGCUGCUGCUCACCAGACACAAACCUUUCAAGGCCCUGUUGUUAUUCUGUGCUGUCUCUAAUUCAAGCAUACACACAUUCCUUACGCAAAUACAUACUUCAUGCAGAGAGGGACACUAAGAGAGCACACUUGGGUUUGUUUAAAACAAAAAAACAAAAAAAACGCACAAUGGACUCUCAGCUGCAGACAACUCAGUGCAACUGAGCUGCUCCAAUUUCAAAAUCUGUCUUUAGAGUGGGAUGGUGAGGUCAGCUGUGUGCAUGCUUGGUCAUUCAGGGAUCUACACCUACUGUAUCUUAACAACAAAUGUUGCUGAGCUCUUUGGUCAAGUUGGAGUGUAAUUAGAGGCAACACAGCAUAUGGCGAUACCGAAGUGGAGAAUGUUGGAGAAAGCUGUGGCUAGGGAGUACACCAGCUUAUAACAUUUCUUAUACACUUAAAAAAUAAAUAAAAAAAAUAGGAGAAAAAUCUAUUUCAUCAUGGUCAUUUUGUUUUUAUCCACUUUUACCAUAUUGACACAGCUUUCUCAAAUAUACCUGACUGUAAAGCUCUCUCUUGUUCACACUGUAAUUGUCUGAUCAUUUCUUCUUUUUAUUUUCAUGUCUGAAUGUUGUUUGUGCAUAGGAGCAGAAUUGUAUGUGAAGAAGAAACAGGGAGGCGCUUGGAUAAACAAAUUUUUUAAAAAUGACUUUUUUUUUUGCCUCAAUCUGUAUUUGUAACUUUGCAAUUUAAGAACAGACAUCUAGAUUAUCCUGUAAAUAUGCAAAUUUUCUCCUGCCGAAGUCCCCCCCCCCCCUCCCUCCCAUUCAUCACACACGAUGCAUUUUAAAUUGUGUUGGGAACCAGAUGAUCAUUUUUAAGACAUUCCAUUGAGCUUAUGCUUCAUGAUUAAUCAAACCCUAUUCUGAAAUGCAAAUUUAAAACACUUUUCUACCACGAUUAAUCCUGACUUCACGUUUUUUUCCCCCUUCUCUUUUAUUUAAUGAUUUCUAUGCAAUCAAGCACAAUGGAACAAAAAAAAAGUGCCAUGGAAUUGUUCACUCUUUAGAUGUGAUGCUCCUAUGUGGUUGUGGAUUUGUGGGUGAGUGAAGAAAGGGUCCACAUGUUAACAUGAGGAUAUCCAUAGCACUUACCCGACACCUUCUACUCCUGUAUUUGACUUGCACUACAGCAACAUAUUACUUUGUAGAAGAGGUAUACAAAGCUUUGUAAAGAUGCAGUGCACAAACCAUCUAAUGCUGUAGAAAAGCAUUAAAAAGAUGUAACAGUUUGUAUUUAUUAAAAAAUGACAAUAAAAAGUUGUAACAGA